AUGGCUACUUCACCGAAGUUUGGCAAGCAGAUCCAGAAACGCCAGCUCGAGGUGCCCGAAUAUGCCGCCAGCUUUGUUAACUACAAGGCCUUGAAAAAGCUCAUCAAGAAGCUGUCUGCGACCCCUACCCUAACAUCACAAAAUGAUGUUCUCCGCUCAGCCACCCCCGUGGACUCCCAGGCCGCUCUUCAAGCCAACAAGGCGACCUUCUUCUUCCAACUGGAACGAGAACUCGACAAGGUCAACGCAUUUUACAUGCAGAAAGAGGCCGAGCUCAAAAUUCGCCUCAAGACACUCCUAGACAAGAAGAAGGUGUUACAGUCCCGUCAAGGCAUCUCUAGGCGGUCUGCCAAAUUCACCACCCUCGAGGAAGGCUUCCAACAGUUCGCUACAGACUUGAACAAGCUACAGCAGUUUGUUGAGAUUAAUGGUACCGCUUUUUCUAAGAUCCUGAAGAAGUGGGACAAGACCUCGAAAUCCAAGACCAAGGAACUAUACCUAUCAAGGGCUGUCGAGGUUCAACCUUUCUUCAAUGCAACAGUCAUAAGCGAACUGUCUGAUCAAGCCACUACGAGUUUACAAGAACUCGGCGCUUGGUCAGACGGUAUCCAGGUCAAUUUCCAGUCUGGGCAUGUCGUAACAUCACAGCACUUCGUUGGUACUGAUGAGGGAGACGCCGAUACAUUGCUUCUCGACACGGUCAUCACAGGAAAUCUUGAAUCACUGAAGGACCUUCUUCUACGCAUGCGCUCUGCUAACGAGGCUGGAGAUGGCGAUAGCUCGUUGAUGGAGAGGAUCACACGUACUUUUUUGGCAGCUAUAUCCGAAGCCCCGCAAGAGUCUCUUCGAGUUCUUCUCGAUACAGGUCUCGUUGAUCUCCACUCUUACGAUGACAUCAACGAAAGGAACUGCUUGCACCAAGCCGCUAUCUAUGGGAAGCAAUAUGUUUUGGAAUGGGGUCUGUCUGUCAAUGUCGUUGUGGAUAGGACAGAUGUCUACGGCCGAGUUCCUCUGCAUUACGCUAGCCUCCACGGGAGAUUGGAAAUGCUAAAGGUCCUUCUUGACGGCAAUUUAGCAAACCAACGGACGAUCGAUCUCACAGACCACGACAACUUCACCCCCCUGAUCCAUUCUAUUAUCCACUGCCACCUCAACUGUAUCGAACUUCUCCUUGCCAGAUCCGCACGCAUUGACCCGGUUUCUGACGCUGAUCACGUACCACUCAACCUUGCUUGCGAACAUGGUUCUGUUGCUGUUGUCGAAAUGCUCUUGAAGCAUGGGGCUAAUAUCUUGCCCGAUGCCGAAGGCCUAUAUCCUCAACAUCUUGUAGCAAGAGCUGGCCAAACAUCAGAGCUCCUUCUUCUUCUCAAAGAAUUUGGCGCUGAUUUGGACCAAAUCGACAAGUUGUAUGGAUGGACACCUUUGGUCCAUUCUGCAAGCGAAGGCAACGUCGACUGUCUUCAAGCACUUCUCAAGGUUGGAGUUGACGCCAGUAUUGUGGAUGAGAAGGAUCUUCCUGCGAUGUACUAUGCUGCUUGGGAGGGACAUCUUGCGUGCAUGAAACUGCUAACCCCUUUCAACACACGACCACGAGCAAGCCCCUUUAUGGUGCAGCCUGCCUUGGGUCCCAUGGACUCAAGUACUGCACCACUACCCAUGUCACUUGACCCCGAUGCGAUCCCCGAACUCGAGCUUCCUCCCCCGAUCAUACCAUUGCGAAGAUAUGGCCACAACUUCCUAGAUACUAAGACGGUUGUCCAAAUCUCGUUUGGGGAUGUGGACGAGCAACCUCUUGUUUUUUUCCAGGACGGAAAAUACCCCGCCGCUCGCCUCACCAUUUCUUCCAAAGUUUCAGAUCUUAUACCUAAGAACAUCAUCUUGCCCUUCCAAGAAGACACCCGCAUCGUUUCUUUCCAGGUCGACAACUUGGAAACUUUCAGCCUAGACAUUGACGUGUUUCCUACCUAUGGCGCAAAGGUUAUUGCCAAGACAGUUGCCCUAUCGAGUAUUUUCAAGGGACUGCAGGGCACUUCUGUGUGCUGCCUACCUCUGUUCGACCCCCGUCUUCGUGCCAUUGGCCAAAUCAGCUUCACGGUGCAGGUUAUCAAGCCUUUCCAGGGCAAGCCUUUGGAGAUUACCGACUUCGAGACAUAUUGGAAAGCAACGAGCCAAUUCAACCAACCGACGAGCGCCAUUGUUACAGGCUCGAGCCUUUCUGGCGAUUAUGUGCGACUGUUUGUUCAAUACACGAGUGAUGGCGUCCCCGUACUCUGGCCUCGAUGGACUAUACCAUGUGCCGGUCUUGAUAUUCCUGUUUGUCGAUUGACACUGGAACAAUUCGGAUCUAUGACUAUCAGGAGCAACAGUCGGGCAGAUUUGCCUAGUUUGAUAAACAAAUCGUCCGAGAGCAUUGCUGAGGUAUACCACAUCCUGGCCACCGCCGGCGUGACGCUUCAAGAAGCUCUUGCACUUCUCAACCCUGGCAUGCACGUCAACCUUCAAGUGCUGUAUCCUACAUCGGAAGAAGAAAAGGCAUUCUCUCUUGGACCUGCUUUGGAUGUCAACGUUUUUGUUGAUUCAAUCCUCAAUAUUGUGUUUGAACAUGCCCGAACACAACGUGCGCAGUCUCCUGACGUUGUGCGGUCGGUCGUCUUCAGCAGCUACAGCCCUCGACUGUGCACAGCGUUGAAUUGGAAACAGCCAAACUUCCCUGUCUUCUUGUGCAACGACCUGGGACGAGAGGAAACCUCGGGAGGUAACGACAUGGCAUUGAGCAGCGGAAGGCGCAGCGCUUCAAUCAAGGAGGUCGUACGAAUUGCUCAGAGCAACAACUUUAUGGGAUUAAUAUGCUACUCCCCACUAUUGGACAUGGUGCCGGCCCUUGUGGAUGCUAUCAAGUCUCAUGGACUUGCAUUAGUGACAGACAAAUCGUCUGACUCACCCAACGCAAGCCCUAUGACAGACCCCUUUCCAAGGCCACCUAAGGGUGUCGACGGAGUCUUGAAGAGCCACGGCAUUCUGCGUUUCAACGAUUCGAUAGACAUGUAG